ACGAAAUAUAGGCAAGACAAAUAUACUGCGUUGCCAUGUUGAAAUGAGGUAUAUUACGAAUGAAAAACUUUGAAAAAUUACAUUAACUAUAAAGAAAAAUUGAUUCUUAGAUUCAGUUCGUAUAAUCAAGAAAUUAUUGAAAAGAUUCCAGAUUCAGUGAAGGGUAGUUAAAAUUAUAACGGGAUACAUUACAAACAUGAAAAGGCGCCACGCAUGCUCCCUUAACAAAAACUGGUGUUGAUUGUUGUGUUAGCGGUUUAUAGAAAUAAUAAAUUGACGUGAGUGAAAAUACAUUGGUUUGAAAGAUUUUCUAGUCAAAUUUUAGAAAAAGUGUAAAAGCAAUCGUUAAAGUUUCGUGAUUCCAGAGGAAAAAAUAUGACUGCCAUGAGUUGAGCGAACCUCGAGAUUGCUUACAGCUGCCAUGUAGAUCUACCGCGUUUUUUGAAAAAGUAUCCAUUUUAAUUGUUUAUUCUGGUCGAAUGUAGAUCUUACUAUUGGGAGUUCUUCCCUUUUUUCGAAUAUGUAUGCUAAAGGAAAAGGAUCUACUGUGCCAUCUGAUGCACAAGCAAGAGAAAAGUUAGCACUAUAUGUAUAUGAGUAUUUAUUACAUGUUGGUGCUCAGAAAGCUGCUCAAACAUUUCUCUCUGAGAUAAGAUGGGAGAAAAACAUAACCCUAGGUGAACCCCCUGGAUUUCUGCAUUCCUGGUGGUGUGUAUUUUGGGACUUAUAUUGUGCUGCUCCUGAAAGACGGGAUACUUGUGAACAUUCAUCAGAAGCUAAGGCAUUUCAUGAUUAUGGAUUUGUUAAUUCUGGUUAUGGUGUUAAUGGUAUGGCUCAUAAUGCUGGGCCUGCCCCCAGUCCCCUUGGACAAAUGCCCCCUACAGACGGAAUGCCAGGUGGUCCAAUACCUCCUGGGUUCUUCCCUAAUUCUGCGAUGAGACCUUCACCCCCCACACAUCCUUCUAAUCAGCCAUCUCCCCAUUCUCAGCCACCAACCCCACACGCACAAAUGAUGUCAUCACAGCCUUUUAUGGGGCCUAGAUAUCCCGGUGGACCACGGCCGGGGGUACGAAUGCCUCCAUUAGGAAAUGAUUUCAAUGGCCCUGGUGGUCAGCCAAUGAUGCCUAACAAUAUGGACCCUUCAAGGCAAGGUGAAGGCGGAGAGUUUGUAGGUUGGCAAGGUCCACCUGGCAUGAAUCCACUUAAUAGAAUGAAUCCUCCCAGAGGUCCGUCAAUGGGCCCCAUGGGCCCUGGUUCGUAUGGCCCAGGCAUGAGGGGCCCCCCUCCUAAUAACAGUAUGGGACCAGGUCCAAUGCCUCCAAUGUCCAUGACUGGCCCAGGUGGUAGACCUCAAUGGCAGCCUAAUACUUCAACUCCUAUGAAUUAUUCCUCUUCCUCUCCCGGUAAUUAUGGGGGACCACCUGGUUCAGCAGGUCCACCAGGUCCCGGAACUCCAAUAAUGCCAAGUCCUCAGGAUUCCUCGAAUUCAGGGGGCGAAAAUAUGUAUACAAUAAUGAAGCCUGCGGUGGGAGGAAAUAUGCCUGGAGAAUUUCAAAUGGGAGGUGGUCCUGACUCUGGUUCGAUGGGUCCAAUGGGUCCCAAUUCCAUGGGACCCAUGAAUGGCGAUGGAAUGGAUGGUAUGAAAAAUUCACCGGCAAAUGGCGGACCUGGAACUCCUAGGGAAGAUAGCGGAAGUGGCAUGGGAGAUUAUAAUUUGGGAGGAUUUGGAGGUCCAGGAGAAAACGACCAAACGGAAUCGGCGGCUAUUUUGAAAAUAAAAGAGAGCAUGCAAGAAGAGGCCAAGAGAUUUGAGAAAGACUCGGACCACCCUGAGUAUUUCAUGCAAUAACCUUACUAGUCUCUUUAGGCUGGUGGACGCCUCUUCCUUCCUAACUCGUACUAACAUGGGCGGUGGUCUGCUCAGUGCUCAGCUCUUCCUGCCCUCAUCGUUGCGAGCUCGCUUCAUAUCGGUUCAUUACUAGUCAUAAUCAUUUUCUAUUUACAGAUUUUCCUUUGAAGGCUGAUUUUUACCCAUAUCCAGUCAGUGUUUGGUGUUUAAUCAAGAUCCUGCAACUCAUUGAUCUACCUGGUGUCCCUUACUUCAGUCUCGGCUAGAUGUGACAUAAUCAAGAGUAACUAACUCUCCAUAUAAAUCAUACCUUCAAACAGGAAGCCCUUCCAGUUCUCCCAAUUUUAUCUGCUCACUACGUACUACUAGGGUGUAAUGUAAUCAGUAAGUUACAUCUUAAGUUGAUAUGCUGAAAAACUGAUUUCAAAUAGGACAUCAUCAUGUCCUAUAUAAAGAAUGAUUUUGAAUGCACUAAAUUUUAGUAAUGCACUCUCAACAGCAGAUUGGCUUUUUUGGAGGACAUACUUCAAUAGCUAUUAUUUUCUGCUUGUUGGAGUGCCCUAUUCCAAAAUCUCGAUACCUCAUUAUACUAUUGAACUUUCUUAUUCGACUUGGGUUUGGUCCGGAUAUCGCCAAGAAUUUAAGAGAGGUUACUAGUGGUUUCAAUAGUGAUGAGCGAUAUUUCACUAAUUGUGAUUCAAUCACUGGUAUCUCCAAAUCACAGUUAUUCACAGUUCCUCGCCUAUAACGUACAACGUGAUCGUGAUCACAGUUUAUAGCUGUGAUAUCAUAUCCUAGUCGGCUAUAGUGAUGAGCGAUAUUUCACUAACUGUGAUUCAAUCACUGAUAUCUCCAAAUCAGUAACGAUCUAGCUCUGACACGCGUUUAGUAUUAGAUAUUUCCCUUACUGAAUACUGUGAAUAGUGAAUUUUUCAAUGUCUGAGGUAACCUGAUUCUUAUUUACACUUGUCAAUGGUCAUCUAAAUUUUUCAUUGACAGAAUUUUGGAGGUUAUAAAUGGUUGAUCUCUUUUAAUUUGGAAAUAACCAAUAGUUCUCAAUGGUUCUGAAGGGUAUUUGUUUCAUAAUGAAAAUAAUAAAGUUUUUGAGUGUCAGAUGUCAUGGAAAAUAUUCAUAAACGAUAAUCUGAAAUUUAAAAUGACAACUGCCAACCGGAGUGGGCGUGGUUACCGAUCCUAAUAACCCAUCGAAGUUUGAGGAAAUAGUCACCGAUUUUUGAGGAACUUGACUUAUACGGACCGCCAAUUUACUAACCAUAGUAACCAAGGUGAUAUACGGACCAUACCUUAGUGAUUAAUGACCCGAAGACAUUUUUUUUUCAUUUUAAAUAUAAUAAAAAAGUAAUGAAUAAACUGAAAAUGAAAUUUCCGUAUUUGUGCAAGGGAGGAAUCAAUAGUAUUGAGGAUGGAUGAGAUAAAAAAAACUUUAAAGUGAUUCAGUUUUCCAUUAGAUAAUCGGAUUUAAAUUCUUCAACAAAUUGAACUUAGUAUUUCUUUUGCAUUGGAUAAAAUGUAAAUAUUUUUCAUUUAUGGUUACUUCUUUGUUGAAUUGAUAAUUCCAGGAUUGAGCUUUGUCAGGGCCGCCGCCAGGACCUGCAUACCGGGGCGCCAAAUUGCAGGGUCCCCUUGUUUUCUCAGUGAUACCACUCUUUGUAGUAAAAUAAAAAAAAUUGCCAAGCGCUAAUUAGUUAUGAAAAUACAAAUGAGUACAAAAUUGCACCUUUGAGAACUUCAAAAAAUUUGAGAAGAAGUCCAAAAUUUCAGCGCGUAUUCCUAAUAAGUCUUCGUGUCAAUGGUGGAACACCCUGUAUAUGUAACUCAUCAAAUCGGAAAAUAUUCAGUAAUAAAUGGUUGUUCUACAGAGCCCUCAGCUGACAAAAACAAUUUUUUUCUGGCAACUAAUAAAACAUAUCAAUUUAAUAGCAGUCAAUGAAGGUACGAUUAGACAAUUAGGACGGCGAAAUUUUUUUUUUGCCGGGGCGCCAAAAUGUCUGGCGGCGGCUCUGAACUUUGUAGUUGUUAUGGUGUGCCUUUUUUGCUUCCAACUAAUUGUGAAAUAGAACUUCCUGAUCCACUCAUUAUAUACGAAAAUUUCGAGCAAGGCACUAAUGAAUAUAGACAAAUACCUCCUCAUAAAGUGCCUCAGAUUUCAAUAACUUUAACAAUCCUUAGUCCAGUCGAAUGGUAUGCAAUAUAUCGCUGCAUAUCCUUUCUAUUGUUAGAAAGGUCUGAAAAAAGUAGCAGGAAAUUUUUCAAAAUUGGUUUUUAUAUUGUUGAAGCAUUUUAUUUGAAACCUUAGCGACUAUGUUACAUGUUUGAAAUAUCCGAACAAGUUCUUUUUGAUUCUGAUUAUACUUGGUUAAAGAAAUAUUGAUUUUCUCUGAAUUUGCCUUAAAGUUAAAAUAAGGUUUGUGAUGAUUAGUUCAAAUUAUAUAAUCAACUCUCUUAAAAUUUUUGAUAUUCAUAAUUUUUAUGUACUUCCCUUUUAUGCAGACCAUUCGACUUUCAUAAAAUAACAUUGAAACUGAGUAACCAAGGUAACUUUCAAUAAAUUAUGAAUUUAAAUUUGAAUGAAUCCACUUUUUGGAUUGUAUUGAUUUAAUUUCACCAUUUAGCUAAUUUGAAUGGAAUAACUCGAAAUAUUUGUACAUUUAGGACAUUAAUAAUAAUUUAGUUAAGUUAAAUUAAAGAUUGUAGUUUUGAUAAAUGAUGACGGUCUUGCCAGUUAUAUUUUGAUGUGUUGAAGUUGUUAAAGUUUUUUUUAAUAGUGUUAGUUUCAGAGACAGAAAUAUUGACGAAUAUGCAAUGAUUUCUGUUUUUGAAUCCAACACUUUUAUCGUGAUAUUUUAACUUAAAAGUAAUGUGCAGGUAAAACUGUUCUCUGGAUUGCAAGUAUGGUGCAGUACUUAACUGAUGUGAAUGAAUAUUAUAGAUUUUUGAUAUGUACACGUUGACGAAUUUCAGUGAUGAAAUAUCCCCAGUGGUUUAUUGCACCAUAUUGUCUGUAGCCCGAUAUUUAUACCAAAUUUAAAGCAGAGUAAUCUGGAAUUCAGUCAGAAUUUGCAUGUCUUACAUUGAAACAUUCCUUCAAAGGGCAGAUGAGGAGCUAUAUAGGGCGUUCAAUCCGAAACACACCACUUUUUACUUUGAUAGUGGCUUGAGAACGUUCUAUUUCCUAAUCUACCUCAGCUUAAGUUAUCUCUCUAUUAUUUUUACUAAGUACAUGCAAUAUAGGCAGAAUGUAAUGUUUUCCUAUUUUUUUUAAUCCAUGAAAUGUAAACCUUGAAUAUAAAGCAUCACAAAUCAUUCAUCACUAGAUUCAAUCAGGACUUAUAAAAUUAUUUAUUUUUAAAUUUUGUUCGAAAAAGAUGAAAUAUAUAUAUCUAUAUACAAA